AUUACAACGGAACAUCGGCGCACCAAGUAGAUAGAUACAAAAAACUAGAGAGAGAGAGAGAGAGAGGAGGAGUUCAACGCGGAAUUCGGAGUUUGUUCCGCACCCGCAUUCCCGAUCCACACUGAGUCGAAACGGUUACGGCAAGUCUCAGUCCCGGUUGACGACCGAGUCGAGAUGGUCCAGACUCCAUUGUUGCCUCGCGUGAUCUUUCUCUCACCUACUCUCGUUCUAACCUAACCUAACCCCCCCGCUUAAGCCCUCGCCCGAACGGCUCGUUUUUUCUUUUCCUGCUCCAUGAAAACAUAAUUACUUGCUACUGCAAUUAGUUAUGUGCAUGCCACGAAUGGAAAAUUGGGUACUCCUUUAAUGAACUCAUUUGUGUCAUAUGAAGAUGUGAAGUCUCUCUACAUAUCUAUGAAUCAAAAUGCUGAGGAAGAAAAAUUACUCGGUACACCAGUUGUAAACUUGUGUAAGAAUGGUGUUUAGUAGAAUUGUGGAAAUCUUAUCUGCUGCAGCAACUCGUUUGUCAGCCCCAAAGUCAUCAACCUUGCCAUAUGUAUCAUCUGGAUUGUCGCCUCCAGCAAAUUCUGUUAAAGGUUAUGGUUUGUCCAAGACCGGGCUGAAGAAUAAUCUGCGACCAUCCUCUUCUCUCCAAGAUUUCUCUUCUUACCACAGACUGGAUCCACAUGGAGGUGAUUUUGAAUCCGGAAGUGAUGCGAGUUUGGUACAUGCAAGGCAGCCUCACAUCUUACACAGUGGAAAUGGUGGGUCGAGUUUUUCCAAAGAGAAACCAUCACCAGGAAGCCCUCAUGUGCGAAAGAAGUGGAUGCGUGUGCUUAUGGUCCUACUGUGCCUUUUUUUAUGUGCUGCUGUUAUAUAUGCGAUACAGUUCUAUUAUUCCAGUUGGUCUCAAACAUCCAAAUUCUAUGUUGUGCUUGACUGUGGUAGCACAGGGACUCGGGUUUAUGUAUAUCGGGCAACCAUAAAUCACAAAAAAGAUGGGAAUCUCCCUAUUCUAUUAACAUCAUUACCAGAAGGUUUUCAGAGAAAAAAAAGUUCGCAUAGUGGGCGUGCUUACAACCGAAUGGAGACUGAACCAGGGUUUGACAAAUUGGUGCACAAUGUAUCUGGCUUGAAGGGAGCAAUAAAACCACUAAUUCAGUGGGCGGAAAAACAAAUUCCUAAACACGCACAUAAGACCACUUCUCUGUUCCUUUAUGCUACGGCAGGGGUCCGCAGGCUGCCAAGUUCAGAGUCACAAUGGCUUCUUAAAAAUGCUUUGUCCAUUUUGAGGAAUUCUCCCUUCUUCUGUCAGAGAGAAUGGAUUAAGACUAUUAGUGGCAUGGAAGAGGCGUAUUAUGGAUGGAUAGCCUUGAACUAUCACACUGGUGUCCUGGGGUCUAUCCCCAAAAAAGCAACAUUUGGUGCACUUGACUUAGGUGGCUCUUCCUUGCAAGUUACUUUUGAGAGUAAGGAAAAAGUGCACAGGGACACUAGUUUAAAGAUGAGCAUUGGUCCAGUCAAUCAUCAUCUCAGUGCUUAUUCACUUUCGGGCUACGGCUUGAAUGAUGCUUUUGACAAGUCUGUGGUUCAUCUUCUCAAAAGGCUUCCUAGUGUCAGUAAGGCAGAUCUGGCUACUGGAAAUGUUGAAAUUAAGCACCCUUGCCUACAAUCUGGUUACAAAGAGCAGUACUUUUGUACUGAGUGCAGUUCUAUUUACCAAGGUGGUGAGAGUCCUCUGAGUGGUGGAAAAGGAUUAGUCAAAGGAGGGAAGCCUGGAACACUAAUCCAUCUUAUUGGUGCUCCAAAAUGGGAAGAAUGCCGGACACUUGCGAGAAUCGCCGUCAACUUGUCUGAAUGGUCAAAUCUAAAUCCAGGAAUUGAUUGUGAUUUGCAGCCUUGUGCUCUUUCCAAUAAUCUGCCUCGUCCUUAUGGCCAGUUUUAUGGAAUGUCUGGGUUUUUUGUGGUGUAUCGGUUUUUUAACUUGAGUUCUGAUGCCACCCUCGAUGAUGUUUUGGAGAAGGGUCAGGAGUUUUGCGAGAAGUCUUGGGAAACAGCAAAGAAUAGCGUUGUGCCUCAGCCUUUUAUAGAACAGUACUGCUUUAGGGCUCCAUACACUGUGCUUCUAUUGAGAGAGGGAUUGCACAUUACUGAUAACCAAAUCAUUAUUGGUUCUGGAAGUAUUACUUGGACCCUUGGGGUUGCCCUAUUGGAAGCUGGGAAGGAAUUUUCAACUAGAGCAGAGGUUCGCAGUUAUGAAAUACUCCAGAUGAGGAUAAAGCCAGUCGUUCUUUUUGCCAUUUUGUUUGCUUCACUUUUUGCCCUGAUUUGUGCAUUAUUGUGUGUUGGAAAUUGGAUGCCAAGAUUUUUCUGUACACCUUAUCUCCCGCUCUCCAGGUGUAACAGUGCAUCAUCUGCGUCUGUUCUCAAUAUCCCAGCUCCUCUCAGGAUUCGGCGCUGGGGUCUAUUAAGUUCAGGGGAUGGAAAAGUAAAGAUGCCACUUAGUCCGACCAUUGCAGAUGCCCAACAGAGACCGUUUGGCAUGGGACUAGAUUUCAGCGGCAGCGGCUUCCAGCUCACAGAGUCUUCCUUGUACCCGUCAACUAGCAGUGUGUCGCACAGUUUUUCCUCUAGUAACUUGGGGCAGAUACAAUAUGACAAUAGUGCCAUGGCUUCCUUUUGGACUCCUCACAGAAGUCAAAUGCAUCUUCAAAGCAGGAGAUCACAAUCUCGAGAAGACCUGAAUUCUUCUCUUGCUGAAGCACACUUGGUGAAGGGUUAAAGCUAGACCCUGAAUAAAUUUUGGUUUUGGGCUCUAUGAUCUGCUUUUAUCUGAGAUCCCAAUCCAGGAAAAGAGAGCAUCAAACUUGUGAAGUGGGUUCCCUUCUAAAGCACUCAGCCCGGUGGGAUAUUUCGUGCAUGUGAAGCCACUCAGUACAUACAAGGACAUGUUGAAGCUCCAACAUGUUAGCCAAUCGACCAGGGCAGGCCUGUAUGAUCGUUUCACCUGAUCGAACGGCCAAGCUUCACUAAGUGACAACCUGAUUUGCUAGAACCAAUGGAAUGUGUUUUUCUCAUCGUAAAUCCUGAAAUCCAUCAAAUGAGAAGCUGAUUUUUUAUGACCAAUAGUUGAAUUUUGUCCACGUCCAAUCUCAUUUUUGAUUGAACCUUAGAGUACAAGGAACUGUAGUCUUCUUUGGAAAUAAAUAUAAAAGGAAAGAAAGUUUAUUUUUGCAUACUUUUA